AGGCGUGUUUGGAGAGCAGGCUUUAUUUGUGUUGUGCAUCAUCAGUGUUACUGUGAAGAUGCCGAGGAGUUUACGCAGACUGGUGCACCUGGUGCUCUUUUGUCCCUUAUCUAAGGGUCUACAGUCCCGUUUACCUGCAGUUAAGGUCAAGUACCUGUUGGUGGCGUGGUUUGGGAUUCUGGUGGCCAGCUGGGUGAUCUAUAUGCAGUAUUCCUCUUAUUCAGAGCUCUGCAGAGGACACGUCUGUACCAUGCUCAUCUGUGAUCAUUAUCGCAGAGGCAUUAUCUCGGGGGCAGUGUGUAAGUCUCUCUGCGAGGAGAAAACACUGUCUCUUCAACGCUGUCUUUCAACGUCACCGACACACCAGAUAUACAGUGCUGUGUGGAAGGAGAAAGCUGUAUUGGUGAAGUGUGGGAUUGAAGAAAGCAUGGGAGGGGAAAACGGUCCUGACUCUCCACUACGGCUUGACAACAGCCUCUAUGAUAAACCCACACGCGGAACAUCCAUGGAUGAAUUCAGAGCGAUGCUGCAUUCCUUUCUCAAGGACAGUGUUGGUGAGCAAUCAUCUCUUAGCACUCUUGUUACUCGCGUGAUUUCUCUGGCGGAUGUCAACGGCGAUGGCAAAGUUUCAUUAGCGGAGGCAAAAUCCGUGUGGGCUUUGCUUCAGAUCAAUGAAUUUGUUUUAAUGGUGGCACUGCAAGAUAAAGAACAUGCUCCACACUUGCUAGGCUUCUGCGGAGACCUUUAUGUACUGAACCACGUAGCACACAGCGCCCUCUUCAGGCUGGAGGUGCCUGGUUGGCUGAAGCCAGUGUUUCCUGAGGCACUGGGUGUCGCUUUUAACCAGUGGCUUGCUCCUGCAUGGCCCCGCAGAGCCCGAAUCACCAUUGGACUUCUAGAGUUUGUUGAAGAGGUGUUCCACGGCAUAUACGGAAGCUUCUACAUAUGUGACGCAAGCCCAAGACGGGUCGGCUACAAUGUGAAAUAUGACUUCAAAAUGGCAGACCUUCAAAGCAUAGCAUCGGAGGCAACCGUCAAAGGGUUUCUGCGAGGGAGAACUUGUGAAGCAAAUGCCGACUGCACUUAUGGGCGAGAUUGCACCGCAACGUGUGACCGAUUGGCAAGGCAGUGCAACAUGGAGGUGGUGCAGCCCAACUUGGCCAAGGUGUGUGCCCUCCUGCAAGACUUCCUACUCUUCGGUGCGCCGUCGGACCUGAGGGAGGACCUGGAGAAACAGCUACGCACCUGUGUGACGCUCAGCGGGCUAGCCUCACAGAUGGAAGUGCACCAUUCCCUUGUUUUGAACAACCUCAAAACACUAUUGUGGAAGAAGAUCUCCAAUACCAAGUACUCUUGAGACCAACAUAGGGAUGAUCAAGAGAAAGGCAAUGAAGAGCGAGAGAAUUGGAGACUUCCAGAGAAACAAAUUGGGGCCAGUACAAUAAGUUCUGGAGGGCCAACAGAAUAGCUGAACUCUGCCAGCCACUACGGACUUCAAAUUUGUCAAACAUCAAUUCGAACAUAGAAGGUUGGUGAAUGCAAGU